AGGCGAUCAGCUGUUUGAAUAGAGACCCUCCUGGAAUAGAGGCGAGAAAGAGAUAGAAUGAGAAUGAAUUAGAAUAAUCUUCGCCGUAUGCGCGGGAGUGAUUUCGAGAGUAUGUUGAGUAUCGUGAGGUACCGUACAAAAGUAUUAGGAGCGUAUAACGCUACGAGACGCGUACUCAGCCGGCAACAUUUGUUUACAAAUACGAGAGUCGAUGUCGGGCGAUGUAGCAAUGUCUCUUUGAGGGAAUACUGUUCGAAAUACCUGUUACAAAAGGGAUCGCUUAAACAAGUGAACCUCGUAGCUCGUAAUUAUGCCUCGAAGCCGAGCGGUAAACACGACAAAAUUGUGGGAUCUUGGUUGCUCACCUGCGGCGGCAUGGUUUUCGUAGCGGUCGCACUAGGUGGUAUAACAAGACUCACCGAAUCAGGCUUGUCUAUGGUUACCUGGAGAUUGCUGGGAGAAAAAAUGCCUCUCAAUGAGACUGAAUGGCUCUCAGAAUUUGAACGUUACAAACAAUUUCCUGAAUAUAAAAUAACCAACUAUAAUAUGACGUUGGAGGAAUUCAAGCGUAUUUGGUGGAUGGAAUAUUUUCAUAGAAUGUGGGGACGCUUAAUUGGCGCUGUAUUCAUAAUUCCAGCAACAUAUUUCUGGUACAAGGGUAUGCUGAGAUCUGGACUGAAAAAGCGCGUUGUUAUCUUAGGAUCACUGAUAGGCUUGCAAGGACUUAUGGGAUGGUAUAUGGUUAAAUCUGGAUUGGAAGAUCGUUUUAAAGAUCCUUCCGACGUGCCGCGGGUGUCGCAAUAUCGUUUAGCCGCGCAUCUCGGUUUAGCAUUAUUCUUGUACGCUAGCUUUCUCUAUAACGCUUUGUAUCAUCUGUUACCCGCUCAAAAGUUAACUGCUAAUCUCUCUGGCACCACAAUCGCGAAGAAUACACUGAAAGCGCAGAGAAAAUUCAAAGGAUUAAUUCACUCGGCAAAAGGGCUGAUAUUUCUCACCGCUUUGUCGGGAGCACUUGUAGCCGGGAUGGAUGCCGGUCUCAUUUAUAACACCUUCCCAAGAAUGGCAGACAAGUGGAUACCUGACGAUUUACUAGGCUUGUCUCCAGUAUUGAAAAACUUCACGGAAAAUCCGACUACAGUUCAAUUUGAUCACAGGAUUUUGGGAAUCACCACCUUAACGUUAAUAACUUGUUUGGGUAUUUUGUCUCGUAAACAUAAACUUCCUGGUCAUGGAAGAAAGGCUGUGGUUGCGGUACUUUGUGCUGGUUACCUUCAAGUACUUUUAGGCAUUUCGACUCUGUUAUAUCAGGUUCCCGUAACGCUAGCUGCGUCACAUCAGUCUGGUAGUCUUUUACUUUUAAGUACUAUAAUUUGGCUAUUCCACGAACUGAAAUACUUUGGAAAGUAUGCUAAAUAAAUUUGUAAAAUGGUGAAACUAUAAUUAGAGACUUAUAUAACAUUUUAUAUAGAGAUUUAUAUAACAUUUUAUAACAGAUUAAAAAUAAAAAUAUAUAUAUUUAUCCACAAAAGAAACGUGGCAUUUUUCUCAUUAUUUAUUCUCAUGUUAUGUUACUUAUUAAUUAUUUCAGUAGUAGGAUAUAGAACUUUUCAACGCUUUUAACGUUUUUGCGCUUUAUUUCACAAUAUAUGUUAUAAUAAUUAGUGAUUAAUCUUAGGAACUAUUAUAUACACAACUUUGUUUUCUAAACAACAUGUAUAUUAUCAAACAUAUGUAACGUGAAAUAAUUAUUUUGUAUUAUUUUUUAUAUAAUUAUAAUUAAUUUACGUUUACAAGAUGCGACACGAUUUAAAAAAAAAAUAUAAGUGCAUAAAGAUCGUGAAAUAUACAGAACAAUUAUAAAAAAUACAUAUGCAAAAUAAAAUUGAGUGGUUCAAAUAUCAUUUAAA